UGCGGCUAUUGGCCGAAGCCGAGAGAAGCUGCUCUGUGAUUGGUGGAGCGUUUGACAGCUGCUGGAGCCAGAGGUUUAUCCCGUAAUGACGUCACCGCUGGAGUCUGGGCGGAUGGAGCUUCCGGCGGAGCAGGAUUUCUCCGUCCUUUCCCAGUGAGGAAGCUGCUCGUGUUCAGGGAAUGGCUGCAGUUUGGCAGCAGGUUCUGGCAGUGGAUGCAAGGUACAACGCAUACCGCACUCCUGCACACCCGCAGUUCCGCACACAGUACAUCCGCAGACGCAGUCAGCUUCUGCGAGAGAAUGCGAAGGCUGGAUAUGAGCCGCUCCUGCGGCGCCAGUACUUGAAGCUGCGCAGCCAACUCCUUGCCCAGCGGUACGGUCCCCUGUCUGAGCAGAGCAGCUUCCGGGCACACAGCAACAGCAUCCGCAGCUCCCGCACUACCCUGGACCGCAUGGAAGAUUUGGACGAAGAGCCACGUUCCCAGGGGUCACGAGGACACAGACGUUCGGUCAGUCGCGGCUCCUACCAGUUGCAGGCGCAAAUGAACCGUGUGGCACAAGAGGAAAGAGCUCCCGGCAGCGUGGUGCCGACGCCACUGGCAGAGGCCAGCCGGGCAAUGGCUGGCGACACCACCCUGAGCGAGAAUUACGCCUUUGCCGGCAUGUACCAUAUAUUUGACCAACACGUGGAUAAAGCAGUCCAUAAGGUGCAAUUUGCCAACGACGACAAGAACCUCCUGGCUUGCUGCUCGCUGGAUGGGACGAUAUCCGUGUGCCAGCUGGUGCCCACACCCCCCGCAGUGCUGCAGACCUUGCGUGGCCACACGUGUCCUGUCAGUGACUUCGCCUGGUCCUUGUCGAACGACAUUAUCGUCUCCACCUCGCUGGACGGCAGCAUGCGCAUCUGGAACACCCAGGACGGCCGCUGCAUCCGACAGAUCCCGGACCCGGAUUCGGCUCAGCUGCUGUGCUGCACGUUUCAGCCCAUCAAUAACAAUCUCACCGUGGUCGGUAACGGGAAACACAACGUCCACGUCAUGAAUAUCUCCACUGGUAAAAAGGUCAAGGGCGGCAGCAGCAAACUGACCGGGCGAGUGUUGUCGCUGUCUUUCGACUCGGCCGGGCGUAUCCUGUGGGCAGGCGACGACCGCGGGAGUAUCUUCUCGUUCCUUUUCGAUAUGGCCACUGGUAAGCUGACAAAAGCCAAACGUCUGGUCGUGUCAGAAGGUAGUGCCAUCACCAGCAUCUCUGCCCGCUCGUGGAUCAGCCGCGAGGCCCGAGACCCCUCCCUGCUGGUCAACGCCUGUAUUAACAAACUGCUACUGUACAGGGUUGUGGAUAACGAGGGAACUUUGCAGUUAAAACGAACCUUCCCGAUCCAGCAAUCCAGUAAUGCCAUCCGCAGUAUCUUCUGCCCACUCAUGUCCUUCAGACAAGGAGCCUGUGUCGUAACGGGGAGUGAAGACAUGUGCGUCUACUUCUUCGAUGUGGAGCGGGCCACCAAAGCCAUUGUGAACAAACUGCAGGGCCACAGCGCAGCCGUCCUGGGCGUUAGUUUCAACUGUGAUGAAAGCUUGCUGGCCUCCAGCGACGCAAAGGGGAUGGUGAUCAUCUGGCGGAGGGAGCAGAAGUAAUCACCCCCCCCACCACCACUGUAGCAGAACUGUAUGUGCAGAGUCCCGUUUCCUUAUAUAAACCACUCUUAUUUAUAUGUGCUGUAUUGUAUCCUAUGAAAUUAAACUCCAUGAACCCAA